AUGAGCCGGGGCGCGGGCGCGCUUCAGCGCCGGACAACGACCUACCUCAUCUCGCUGACCCUGGUCAAGCUCGAGUCGGUGCCUCCGCCGCCGCCUUCCCCGUCUGCGGUCGCAGCAGGCGCCCCUGGGACCAGAGGUGCGGAGACUGGGGAUCCUGGCAGCCCCCGCGGCUCGGAGGAGCCGGGCAAGAAGCGGCACGAGCGUCUCUUCCACCGGCAGGAUGCGCUGUGGAUCAGCACGAGCAGCGCGGGCGCUGGGGGCGCCGAGGGCGCCGAGACCCCCGCCCUGUCCCCGGUUCCGGCCAGUCCCGCCCGCCCCGUCUCCCCGGCUCCCGGCCGCCGCCUCUCCCUCUGGGCCGCCCCUCCGGGGCCCCCGCUUUCCGGGGGGCUGAGCCCCGACCCCAAGCCCGGGGCCGCUCCCACCUCCUCUCGGCGCCCCCUGCUCAGCAGCCCGAGCUGGGGGGGCCCAGAACCCGAAGGCCGGGCGGGAGGUGGCGUCCCCGGCUCGUCCUCCCCGCACCCGGGCACUGGCAGCCGGAGGCUUAAGGUGGCGCCUCCUCCGCCGGCUCCCAAGCCUUGCAAGACCGUGACCACGAGUGGCGCCAAAGCCGGCGCGGGCAAGGGCGCAGGUAGCCGCCUGUCAUGGCCCGAAAGCGAGGGCAAGCCCAGGGUCAAGGGGUCAAAGAGCAGCGCUGGGACGGGAGCCGCUGCCGCAGGGGCGGGAGGAACGGCAGCCACGGCCUCUGGUGGGGCCGGAGCUGGGGCCGGAGCCCGAGGGAAACUGUCCCCCCGGAAAGGCAAGAGUAAGACCUUGGACAACAGUGACUUGCACCCCGGACCACCUGCCGGCUCUCCUCCUCCACUCACCAUCCCAGCAACCUCGGCUCCAGCCACCGCUCUCACCGUCGCCUCCGCGAUGCCUACGGGGCCUGCACCUCCCAACACUCUGGAGCCCCCAGCUCCGGGGCUGAAACGCGGCCGGGAGGGGGGCCGAGCAUCCACUCGGGAUCGCAAGAUGCUCAAGUUUAUCAGCGGCAUCUUCACCAAGAGCACAGGGGGGCCUCCUGGCACCGGGCCCCCUGCUGGACCCCCGGGCCUGUCCUCUGGCAGCGGGUCCCGGGAGCUGCUGGGCGCAGAGCUCCGCACCUCCCCUAAGGCUGUGGUCAAUAGCCAGGAAUGGACUUUGAGCCGCUCCAUUCCUGAACUGCGCCUGGGUGUACUGGGCGACGCCAGGAGUGGGAAGUCAUCGCUCAUCCAUCGAUUCCUGACUGGUUCAUACCAGGUGCUGGAGAAGACAGAGAGUGAGCAGCACAAGAAGGAGAUGUUGGUGGAUGGACAGACUCAUCUGGUGUUGAUCCGAGAGGAAGCUGGGGCACCUGAUGCCAAGUUCUCAGGCUGGGCAGAUGCUGUGAUCUUGGUCUUCAGCCUGGAGGAUGAGAACAGUUUCCAGGCCGUGAGCCGUCUCCACGGGCAGCUGAGCUCCCUUCGGGGCGAGGGACGAGGAGGUCUGGCGCUGGCAUUGGUGGGGACGCAAGACAGGAUCAGUGCUUCUUCCCCUCGGGUCGUGGGUGAUGCUCGUGCCAGAGCUCUGUGCGCAGACAUGAAACGCUGCAGCUACUACGAGACGUGUGCGACCUAUGGGCUCAAUGUGGACCGGGUCUUCCAGGAGGUGGCCCAGAAGGUGGUGACCUUACGCAAACAGCAACAGCUUCUGGCUGCCUGCAAAUCCCUGCCCAGCUCCCCAAGCCACUCAGCUGCUUCCACUCCCGUAGCUGGGCAGGCUAGUAACGGGGGCCACACUAGCGACUACUCUUCUUCCCUCCCGUCCUCACCCAAUGUUGGUCACCGCGAGCUCCGAGCUGAGGCAGUGGCAGUGGCUGGAUUGAGCACCCCAGGGUCCCUGCACCGGGCAGCCAAGCGCAGGACCAGCCUUUUUGCGAAUCGCCGGGGCAGUGACUCUGAAAAGCGGAGCUUGGACAGUCGGGGAGAGACAACAGGGAGUGGGCGAGCCAUUCCCAUUAAACAGAGCUUUCUACUAAAGCGAAGUGGCAAUUCCUUGAACAAAGAAUGGAAGAAGAAAUACGUGACCCUGUCCAGUAAUGGCUUCCUACUUUACCACCCCAGCAUUAACGACUACAUCCAUAGUACCCACGGCAAGGAGAUGGACUUGCUACGAACAACAGUCAAAGUCCCUGGCAAGCGGCCCCCACGCGCCAUCUCUGCUUUUGGCCCCUCAGCCAGCAUCAAUGGGCUCGUCAAGGACAUGAGCACUGUCCAGAUGGGUGAAGGCCCUGAGGCCACUACUCCCACGCCAAGCUCAAGCUCCAGCCCCAGUUCCCUGCAGCCACCAUCAGAUCAGACAUCCAAGCACUUGCUGAAGCCAGACCGGAAUUUGGCCCGAGCCCUCAGCACUGACUGUACCCCAUCUGGAGACCUGAGCCCCCUGAGUCGGGAACCUCCUCCUUCUCCCAUGGUGAAGAAGCAGAGGAGGAAAAAAUUGACAACACCGUCCAAGACUGAAGGCUCCGCUGGACAGGCUGAAGCCAAGCGCAAAAUGUGGAAACUAAAAUCCUUUGGUAGUUUAAGAAAUAUUUAUAAAGCAGAGGAAAACUUCGAGUUCUUGAUCGUGUCCAGCACUGGUCAGACGUGGCACUUUGAGGCCGCCAGUUUUGAGGAGCGGGAUGCCUGGGUCCAGGCAAUUGAGAGCCAGAUCCUAGCCAGUCUGCAAUGCUGUGAGAGCAGCAAGGUCAAGCUGCGCACAGACAGCCAAAGCGAAGCCGUGGCUAUCCAGGCGAUCCGGAACGCCAAGGGGAACUCUACCUGCGUGGACUGCGGGGCUCCCAACCCCACGUGGGCCAGUUUAAACCUGGGCGCACUCAUCUGCAUCGAGUGCUCGGGCAUUCACCGGAACCUGGGCACACACCUGUCCCGCGUCCGCUCGCUGGAUUUGGACGACUGGCCUCGGGAGCUGACCCUGGUGCUGACGGCAAUUGGCAACGAUAUGGCCAACCGCGUGUGGGAGAGCAACACGCGGGGCCGAGCCAAACCCACGCGGGACUCCUCGCGGGAGGAGCGUGAGUCAUGGAUUCGCGCCAAGUACGAGCAGCUGCUGUUCCUGGCGCCGCUGGGUUCUCCGGAGGAGCCGCUGGGCCGCCAGCUGUGGGCUGCAGUGCAGGCUCAGGACGUGGCCGCCGUCCUCCUGCUUCUGGCCCACGCGCGACACGGGCCGCUAGACACCAGCGUAGAAGACCCGCAGCUUCGCUCCCCACUGCACCUGGCGGCCGAGCUCGCCCACGUCGUCAUCACGCAGCUGCUGCUGUGGUACGGCGCCGACGUGGCCGCCCGGGACGCGCAGGGCCGCACCGCGCUGUUCUACGCCCGCCAGGCCGGGAGCCAGCUGUGCGCCGACAUCCUCCUCCAGCACGGCUGCCCCGGCGAGGGCGGCAGCGCCGCCACCACGCCCAGCGCGGCCACCACGCCCAGCAUUAUCGCCACGCCCAGCCCCCGCCGCCGGAGCAGCGCCGCCAGCAUGGGCCGCGCCGACGCCCCCGUCGCGCUGGUAUAGUUUGCCCAGCGGGAGAGACACCCCCACGGGCCGGGCACGACCGCACCGGGUGGACCGCUGGACAGAUGCACCCA